CUUUGCAUCCAAUCAUUCAAAAAGGGGCGUAGUCGACAACCAAAGGGAGCCAGGUGAUUGGCUGAAAUGGACGCCAAUCACAAACGACCUCCUUUUAAGAAGCUCCACCAGCGGGGUCCUGACCAUUGUGUUCAAAUCCAGCCAACAUGACACAACACGAAAAAUAGACGUCCUUUAAAUGCCUAAAUCACCUUUGACACCACUUAAAGUUGGUUCAAAGAAGCUGUUUCUGAACGCCAAAACCACCUGUUAACUCUUUUUGGCAACAUUUUGUCCAACUUUUUUUUGGGGCACAUGGAGUGAACUUUUGGAAGAUGAUCUUCUGAUGAUGGUGGCGAUGAAGAUGACGAUGAAGCCCGGAAGUGGCCUUCUCUCGCCGCCGUGGACAAGCGGGCGCUCAGGUGUCUUGUUCGGGGAGCUGAUGAAAGCGCGCACACACGUACGAUGAUGAUGAUGAUGAUGAUGGUGAUGAUGACAGCCGGGAUUUGAGCCACUAUUGCCCACAUUUUGGGAUGCGAUGACACUCUGAAGAGAGUAAAAGACACAGAGAAAGUUGUUUUGUCGCCAUGGCCUCGGAGGUUGUCUGCGGGCUGAUCUUCAGGCUGCUCCUGCCUGUCUGCCUCACUGCUGCUUGUGUCUUCAGGUACAAUGUCCUGUCCUUCAUCUACCUCAUCUACCUCCUGCUUAUUCCACUCUUCCCUGAGCCCACGUGCACAACUAUGCAGGGCCACACGGGGCGUCUGCUGAUGUCCCUGUGCUUUACCAGUAUGUCCUUCCUGCUGCUGCACAUCAUCUAUCAGAUUACCGUCAACAGCCUCCUGGCCGGGAAUUCAAUCAGAUCUGACUUCAACUGUUCUGCAUGGGAGAGAUCCAUAAGGCAAAUUGGAUUUGAGAGUGUGAUUGAUGCUGACGCCGGGAACGGUAUCCGAGUGUUCAUCCCAGACAUCGGUAUGUUCAUGGUGGGCUUGGCCAUCUGGAUGCUGUGUCGCAGUUUGGUCCAAAAGAGGCCGCCUGAGGACAUGGCGCAGGAUAACGCCGACUUCGAAGCAGAGGAACAAGAAGAGGACGAGAAGCUGAGCCUAGAAGACCACAUUUUUCUCGAAGAGGACUCUAACGGGGGCUACGAGGCCGAAGAAGACGAGGAAUCUGAAGGGCAUGAGAGUGAGGGAGGAGAAGAAGAGGAGGAGGAGAAAGCAAAAGAGAGGGUCAAGAUGAAGAUCCUGCGGUUGGUGGCGCAAGUCGCCUCCAAAGUGAAGGAAGUCAUCGGGAACUUAAUCACUACAGCGGGUCCGGUGGUGGUGACCGUCUUGUUGGGAAUAACGGGGAUGAUGCUACCCUCUUUGACCUCGGCGGUCUACUUCUUUAUCUUCCUGUUUCUGUGCACCUGGUGGUCCCUGCGGCGGACCUUCGACAAGCUGCUCUUCAGCUGCAUGUGCGUCCUGAUGGCCAUUUUCAGUGCCGGACACCUCAUUGUCCUCUACCUCUACCAGUUCCAGUCCUUCCAGGAUUCUGUCACGCCGGAAGACAGCUACAUCAGGUACUUUGGCAUGUCCCCCGUCAUUCAGAACGACUGUUCCAGGACUUGGAAGCUUAUCAGGAACACCAACCGCAAAUGGCACCACUUUGUAAACCCCAUCAUGCUGCUGGUCCUCUACUACACGCUGGCCACGCUCAUUCGCCUCUGGCUGCAGGAGCCCGUUGAUGAGAUGACGGACGACAAGGAGGAAGACAUGUGCGAGGAGGAGGAGGAGGAGCUGGUCGGAAACGGGACAAAUAACACGGCCAACAGGAAGAGGCAGCUGUGGUGGGAAUACCGGCAAGGCACCGAUGAGAAAAAUCUCCUCUCUACCCAGGACGGCAUCAGUACAACCGAGGUUGUACUCGCCCCAAAUGGUACAUCCUUCGACUUUGUCACCGAUAACGGCCCUGUCUAUCUGGACUUGUACUCCACCCCGCACUACAAAACAGACCAGUCCGAUAAUUGUACAGAGAAGGAGGACAUGUCCGUCUAUGAGGUGAAUCUCCCUCCGAAGGACGGGGCACCGGAAUCAGGCGAGGAGAAGUCCGAGGAAGACGAGGACGCCAUAAGGAAGAGAGGAGUGGGCGCGGUGGUAAAGGUCUUCCACUUCAUCAUGAAGCAGAGCUACAUCUGCGCUCUCAUCGCCAUGAUGGCCUGGAGCAUCACCUACAUUACGUGGCUGACCUUCGUCUUCCUCAUUUGGUCCUGCAUGCUGUGGAUGAUGCGCGACCGAAGACGCUACGCCAUGUUGUCCUCGCCUUUCAUGGUGGCCUACGGCAACCUGCUGAUAGUUCUGCAAUACAUCUUCAGCUUCGAAGGCAUCGAACAUGUCACAGGUCUCUCCGUCGUGAAGAAAAACCUGUUCCACUCCCUUUCCUCGAAGGUCUUGUGUCUACUGAGCUUCUGGCUUCUGCUGAGGCAGACGCUUACAGAGAGGUCAGAAAAACAAAAGGAGGACGAGACGGGCCUCUCAGACGUUCACGUGGAGGACCAAAAGAUAAAGGAGGUAGAGGAGUCGGAGCAUGAGGACGAGCAGGACAUCAUGCACGUGCUGGGCAGUAUGGUCAUGGCCAUGCUGGUCAAAUAUUGGAUCUACAUCUGCGGCGGCAUGUUCUUCUUCGUCAGCUUCGAGGGAACCAUUGUCAUGUACAAGAUCCUCUACAUGAUGAUGUUCCUCUCCUGUGUGGCGCUCUACCAGGUCCAUUACGAGUGGUGGCGAAGAAUCCUGAAGUACUUCUGGAUGUCGGUGGUGAUGUACACCAUGCUGGUGCUCAUCGCUGUUUACACCUUCCAGUUCAGAUCCGACACAGCGGGCAACAAAGACAGCUUUCGGGACCUGGGCCUUGAGAAGUUCUCGGUCUCAGAGCUGUUCACCAGGAUUUUCAUCCCCACGUCCUUUCUGCUGGUGUGCAUUCUCCACCUGCACUACUUCCACGACCGCUUCCUGCAGCUCACCGACCUCCAGGCGGUGGUGGCCAAAGAGGAGAGCACUAUCUACAGGCUGGUUCACCCGGACGGCAGCCUGGCAGACCUCACCAUGCUCAGCGCAAGCUCUGGGGACGCCUCGCUGUCCAAGAGCAAGGAUGAGGAGCAGGGGCCCCAAAGCGUGCGGGCCGACUGCGGCGUCUCCAAAGAGCAGACCCUGGUUGUGGUGGCGGAUGAUGCGAGUUCGGCCGGUACCAAGCCUGGCAGCCUCUCCGACGCCAGGCAGUCCAGCACAGACGAAAGCCACCUCUUCAGCGUGGGCACUGAGCCAGGACAGAGCACCGAGCAGAGCUCCGACCUGAAGAACAAAUGGCACCUGGUGAUCGACCGGCUCACCGUGCUCUUCCUUAAGUUCCUGGAGUAUUUUCACAAGCUGCAGCUGUUCAUCUGGUGGCUCCUGGAGAUCCACAUCAUCAAGAUCGUGUCUUGCUACAUUGUCCUGGUUGCCAUCCGUGAGGUGUCUUUGCUGAACUAUGUUUUCCUGGCGUCGUGGGCCUUCGCGCUGCCCUACAGCCAGUAUCGACCUCUGGCCUCCAGUGUUUGCUCCGUCUGGACAUGUGUCAUCAUCGUGUGCAAAAUGUUGUACCAGCUCACGUCUAUCAAGCCGUCGUCCUUCUCCAAGAAUUGCACCAUGCCGGCAGCCUACUCCACUAAGCAAGAGGAGGAGAUGCAGGACUCCGUGCUCUAUAAGGGGCCGGUGGAUCCAGCCAACUGGGUGGGCCUGCAGAAGAACGAGGAACUGCUGGACUACAUCAGGCACAACCUCCUCAUUCUGGCACUCUUGGCGUUCGAGGUGACCAUCUACCGCCAUCAGCAAUACUUCCGACUGAGAAACAAGCUGUCGCCUCCUGCUGCCAGGAUCAUCUUCCACGAUAUCACCCGGCAACACCUGGACAUCGGCAUCAUCUGCUUCAUCAAAUACUUCAUCAACUACUUCUUCUACAAGUUUGGACUUGAGACGUGCCUGCUGUUGGUCGUCAACGUGAUCGGGCAGCGGAUGGACUUCUACGCCAUGCUGCACGCCUUCGCCCUGAUAACGGUCAUGUACCGACGCAGGAGGAAAGCCAUCGCCGAGAUCUGGCCCAAGUACUGCUGCUUCCUGGCCUGCAUGAUAACCUUCCAGUACUUUGUCUGCAUCGGGAUCCCCCCCGCCGCCUGUAAAGACUAUCCAUGGAGAUUCCCAAGCUCCAAGACAGACUCCAAUGUGGUCAAGUGGCUCUAUGUCCCCGACUUCCUCUCCAGGCCCAAUCCAUCCUUCCUUAUCUACGACUUCAUGCUGCUGCUGUGUGCCUCAAUGCAGAGGCAGGUGUUUGAUGAUGAAAACAAGGCGGCCGUCCGCAUCAUGGCCGGAGACAACGUGGAGAUCUGCAGGGAUCUGGACGCGUCCUCCUUCAGUGUUCACAACCCCGUCCCGGACUUCAUCCACUGCAGGUCCUACCUGGACAUGUUGAAAGUCAUCACGUUCAGCUACCUGUUCUGGUUCGUGCUGACCAUCAUCUUCAUCACGGGCACCACGCGCAUCAGUGUUUUUUGCAUGGGCUACUUGGUGGCGUGUUUCUACUUCCUGCUCUUUGGCGGCGAACUCUUGCUCAAGCCUAUCAAGAAGAUCCUCCACUACUGGGACUUCCUGAUCGCCUACAACAUAUUUGUCAUCACCAUGAAGAACAUUUUGUCCAUCCUGGCGUGCGGCUACAUCAAGUCUUUGAUCCCAAAGCAGUGCUGGCUCAUCCAGCUCUUCAGUCUGGCCUGCACCAUCAAGGAGUACAACAUCGACACCAACCAGGAUCACCUGACCACUGACGAGAGGUGCGAGCUUCCCAGCGACGAGGCGGGCAUCAUCUGGGACAGCAUAUGCUUUGCCUUCCUGCUGCUGCAGCGCCGCGUCUUCAUGAGCUACUACUUCCUUCACGUGGUGGCUGACAUCCGAGCGUCACAGAUCCUCGCUUGCAGAGGGGCGGAGCUUUUUCAGGCCACCAUUGUGAAGGCGGUUCGAGAGCGACUGGAGGAGGAGCGAAAAUCUGUAGAGCAGCUAAAGCGACAGAUGGAGCGCAUUAAGGUGAGGCAGCAAAAGUUUAAGCGGGGCAAGGAGAAGAUGCAGAACAUCGUGCAGGGAUCUGGAGAAGGACAGACGCUCGUCCAGCCCGAGGAGGACGAUGACGGAGCACAGCGAGCGAAAGCCAAGACCAAAAAAAAGCUCUGGUGGAGGCCGUGGGUUGACCAUGCUUCCAUGGUUAGAAGUGGCGAAUAUUACUUGUUUGAAACGGACAGCGAGGAGGAGGACGAAGAGGAGGAGCAGAAGGAAGAGGAGCUGCCAAAGAAGUCGGCCUUUCAGCGAGCUAUCGGGAAGUUUGUGUCCGCAGUUCUGGCUUUGCCCAAGUCUGUCAUAAAGCUGCCAAAAACUGUGCUUCAGUAUGUAAUGAAGGCAGGCAAGUUCCUCUACCACACCUGGAUCACCAACCCUAAAGCUGCCCUGAAGGCGCGAAGAAAGGAGAAACGCAAAUUUUGGAAGCGAUACACAAAGGGAAUCCGACGAAAGAAAGGCAAAAAAGAAACAGCUCAUGUGGGCAUCGAGAUGGGCGAGCUGUCAGACAGCCAAGACGAAAAGAAGAACUCUGGUCCAGACAACAUCAUCAAGCGAGUGUUCAACAUUAUCAAGUUCACAUGGGUGCUCCUGCAGACCACCGUGGACAGCUUCACCAAGUGGAUGAACGAUGUGUGCAGGGAGUACAUCGACAUCUCCACCGUGCUGCGCAUCGAGCGCUGCAUGCUCACCAGGGAGGUCAAGAAGGGCAAUGUGCCGUCCCGGGAGAGCAUCCACGUCUACUACCAGAAGGCCAUGAGGCUCAACAUGUCGCGGCAGGCCAGCAUGGACCUGCUCAGUGAGGACGAGUCAACCGGGGGUUCUUCAAGGCACCGUCGAAGACGGAGGGUCUACCCUAUGGAGAGCCAGGCUUCCACGGCCUCCAGGGACAGCAUAUCAAGCGCCUACACAGAGGCCACCACAUUGUUUUCACGUCAGUCCACCCUGGAGGACCUGGACGGGAUGCCAGAGUGCAUCCCCAAAACCAGCGAGCGUGCCAGGCCAAAGCUGCGUAAGAUGUACGGCAUGGACAUGUCCAACUCGUCCAUGGACAGCUGCAGCAGCUUUGUGUCCAGACAGGGCACCACAGAAACAAUAGAAGAAGAGGUGGAGGAUGAGCGAGCGCAACGCAAGGACGAGCUACACAUUCCUUGGAAAUCCCAGCAGCUCGAUGAGUCCGAGGAGGAAGGCGGAUCCAGCAGUAGAGGGGGAUCCAGGGAGGAGGAGCAGGAUAAGGGGAGUGAUUGCCAAGAGAUGCCUGACGUUGAAGGACAGGAAGCACAGAAUGAGGAGAGAAAUGUUCUCUCGGGGUCUUUUAACCAAGAAGAAGGCCCCUCCCACGCACUACAAGAAGCGGAAUCCGCCGGUUCUGCUGAGGAGAAGGACAUAAUUAGCGAGAGUGAUGGCGGAGAGGUCCAUCAGGACUUGGUGCAAACCCCAUCAGGGAUCUCCUGCACCCCGGACACAGACGCCUCCAAAACAUCUGAGGCCGACGUGCCGCCCAGCUACAGCAAAGCGGUCAGCUUCGACCGGCUGGACAUCAGCGACGAGAGUGACGAGGAAAGGGGACAGCGGCGCAUGAUGAUGACCUCAGACAGCCGCUCGGACAGCAGGUCCGACAUCUUGCUGCCCUCCAUGACCACUGAGCUGACUGCCAGCGAACUGCUGCUCAACAAGAUGUUUUAUGACGAGGAGCUGGACCAUUCAGAAAAGUUCUACAAAACUCAGCCGCUGGUUCUGCAACUGGGCUACGCGCUCUACAACAUGCUGGUGGCGCACUCGGAGAUGGUGUGCUACCUGGUCAUCAUCAUCAACAACAUGGUGUCGGCCAAUUUUGCCACCUUGGUUCUUCCCGUUACCAUCUUCCUGUGGGCCAUGCUGUCUGUGCCGCGCCCCAGCAAGCGCUACUGGAUGACCGCCAUCGUCUACACUGAGGUCACCAUCGUCAUCAAGUACUUCUUCCAGUUUGGUUUCUUCCCCUUCAACCAGAACAAAAUAGGCAAGGACAAACCCUACCACCCUCCCAACAUCAUCGGCGUUGAGAAAAAGGACGGUUACGUCCACUACGACCUGGUCCAGUUACUGGCGCUCUUCUUCCAUAGAUCCAUCUUGAAGUGCCACGGCCUCUGGGACGAGGAAGACCCCAAGGAGAGGAAGGAGCAGCCCCGUCAGAGCGAGUCGGAAGACGAAGGGAGGGAAAAGGACGAGAGCGAAAGGGAGUCGGAAGCCGCCUCCUCGCUGGUCUGCAAGAGGCGUGGCUCCACUCAAACCUUGAGGUCCAUAAACUUUGGUACCUCUGUGGAGUCGGGGCACGUCCAGCUGCACAACCCGCAGCAGCCCACCUACCAGCGCCGUACCAGUGGAGCUUCGUACAUCUCGCACAUCUCGCACACCUCGCACAGAUCUCAGCAUUCGUCUGCACCAUCGAAGCGAGAAAGUACGGGCUCAGUUUGCAGCAGCCACAAAGACAGCAGCGAGGCCAGCGUCCAUCAGAAGAGCAGGAAGCAGAUGAUCCUUGAGAAGCUGAAGGAACAGUUCUUCAAGGCCAAAGCUUUCAUCUCAAAGAAGUUCAUGGAGGUCUACGUGCCCAUGCGUCAGUUCUUCUACGACCUGAUUCAUCCUGAGUACAGCGCCGUGACCGACGUCUAUGUGCUCAUGUUUCUGGCCGACACGGUGGACUUCAUCAUCAUCGUCUUCGGCUUUUGGGCCUUUGGCAAACACUCCGCGGCGGACAUCACUUCCUCUUUGUCCGAGGAUCAGGUGCCGGGACCCUUCUUAGUCAUGGUCCUGAUCCAAUUUGGCACCAUGGUGGUAGACCGGGCCCUCUACCUGCGGAAGUCUGUCAUGGGCAAAGUCAUCUUCCAGGUCAUCCUGGUCUUUGGCAUCCACUUCUGGAUGUUCUUCAUCCUGCCAGGAGUCACCGAGAAGCGUUUCAACAAGAACAAGGUGGCUCAGAUGUGGUAUUUUGUCAAGUGCAUCUACUUCGGGCUGUCGGCCUAUCAGAUCCGCUGCGGCUAUCCCACCCGCGUGCUGGGGAACUUCCUCACCAAGAGCUACAACUACGUCAACCUCUUCCUCUUCCAAGGGUUCCGGAUGGUUCCGUUCCUUACAGAGCUUCGAGCCGUGAUGGACUGGGUGUGGACGGACACGUCGUUGUCUCUGUCCAGCUGGAUCUGCGUUGAAGACAUCUACGCUCACAUCUUUAUCCUCAAAUGCUGGCGAGAGUCUGAGAAGAAGUAUCCCCAGCCGCGCGGCCAGAAGAAGAAGAAGGUGGUGAAGUACGGCAUGGGGGGGAUGAUCGUGAUGCUGCUGAUCUGCAUCGUCUGGUUCCCACUGCUCUUCAUGUCGAUUGUCAAGUCGGUUGCCGGCGUGGUCAACGCCCCGCUGGACGUCUCCUUCGAGAUCACCCUGGCCGGCUUUCAGCCUAUCUUCACCAUGAGCGCUCAGCAAAAACAACUGCAGAAUGUCACCGAAGAGGAGUUUCAACGUUUAAAGAAAUUGUACAGUCUUGACGAUAGGGCACUGGAGUGGCUGGACAGCUACACGGCGGGCGACCUUAUCAUCGCCGAGCUUAAGGGCAGCUCCAACUCGUUGUGGACCAUCAGUCCUCCCAGCAGGAACGCCCUAAUGGACAUGUUAGGCUUAGACGAGGACUUUCCCAUCACCGUGUCCUGGUCUAUGCAACGAAACCUCACUCUAGGCGCCAAGGCCGAGACCGCUUCGGGCAAGCGCAUGACCAAUCUGGAUGAGGCGACCAAGAAGAAGCUGAUACUGCUUCUCAACGGAACCAAGAGUAACUCGCACGUAACGCUCACCAACAUCUUCCCUCGUUACAUCAGAGCUCCCAGCGACUCUGAAGCCAGUCCUGUGGAGCAGCUUUAUAAAGAUGACAAGAUGCUGGACAUCAGCCUGAGCUUGAGGCAAGUGCAGACGGACCAGCGGCAGCCCCAGGAAUGGUGGAUCGUCAACCAGACCGAAAGAGGUCCCAUCGAGAAGAGGAGCCGGAGCAGAGACGCCUGUCUGGAGUUGUACGUGUUCAGCGACCAAGUCAGCCCGCCCAGUUUGGGCUUCCUGGCGGGAUACGGCAUCAUGGGCCUGUACGCCUCGGUGGUCCUGGUCAUCGGCAAGUUCGUGCGAGAGUUCUUCAGCGGCAUCUCGCACACCAUCAUGUUCGAAGAGCUGCCAAACGUGGACCGCAUCCUCAAGCUGUGCACCGACAUCUUCCUGGUGCGGGAGACGGGCGAGCUGGACUUGGAGGAGGACAUGUACGCCAAGCUCAUCUUCCUGUACCGCUCGCCGGAGACCAUGAUCAAGUGGACGCGGGAGAAGACGCAGUGAGGCGGGCGGCAAGGGUGAAGAAAAACUUCUUUUUUUUUUUUUUUUAAUUUGACACGUGGGACGUGCGAAAGCGGCGUUUUAGUCCCACGUGUUGAGCACAAGUCUGCUGGUGCUGGACACAACACUUUUAGUAACGCCAUCAUGUUGCUUACCACCCUGAAUGACGACAAAAUAUAUUUGUUGACAGCUCAUUUCCUGCUCAACGAUCACUCUGCUGUCGUUUUCUACUUGGACAAAAAAAAAGGACCUGCAAAGCACAAAUUGUCUUCUCCAACGGGUAAGCUUGGAACACAGGGGGAGCGUGCAAUAGUUUUUCAAUGAAUGUCGACGCAGAAUUAGAUUUGGGAGAGCCACUCAUCAAAGACCACCUUCACUUGCCUUAUUUGGUUUCUUAACUUUCUCAGGAAGCGCUAUUUUCACACGUAAGUAACCCUCGUAUGAAACUAUGGAUCCAAAGAAACCCACACGGCCUAUUUCGAUAAACAGCAUGACUUGUAGCGCUGGACUCUUCGGCGCAAAGACACUCUUUCUGCACACCUGCUGGGGUAAGUUCUUGCAGAUUCCCCCCCCCCAUCAGAGUAACGCGCGUCCAGCAGGUGAACCUUUUGAUCAAAGAAAAAAAGGGCUGAACGGUUCCGACUAUGCAUUAAAUGACAUUGUAGCAUGAGAGAAACACUUCAUUAUUACAAAUACGUAUUGAUUAGAUGAUAAGACUAUUCGGACGUCGUGGAGGCGAAAUGUGAAAAGUGUAUGUUGAGGCUUUGAUGAAUAAAAGGAAUGGA